AUGAUCUCUUUGCUCCCUGCAGCUCUGCUGCUGGCUUCAGGUGCUCAGUUCGUUUCCUCCCAGUUCGUGACUGCGCCAACGAACUUUACAACCAAGACUGGUUACGCAGAUGUCACGCUCCGCUACAAGUCCGUGCCCGCUGGCAUCUGCGAGCAGGAUCCCGACGUGAAGAGCUUCUCUGGCUACGCCGACGUGUCUCCCGGCCAACACAUCUUUUGGUGGUUCUUCGAGGCGCGCAACGUCGACCCCACGACCGCACCGCUCACCAUCUGGAUCAAUGGCGGACCGGGUUCGUCCUCGAUGAUCGGUCUGUUUCAAGAGCUGGGACCAUGUCGAAUCAACCAGGACGGUGAGGCGGUGGACAAUCCGUACUCGUGGUCCAAUGUCACCAAUUUGAUCGUCAUCGACGAGCCAACGCAGGUCGGCUUAAGUUACUCGUCGCCUGUGCCCGCCUACGAGGACCCGAACUCGGGAAUGCUAGUCCAACUGCCCAACAACACCUGCCCCGACUAUGCCAGUGACUGGGGCUGCGGGACGUACUCGUACUGGAACGAGUCUCUGACAGCUAACAGCACGCCCGCGACCGCGCCAAACAUGUGGAAGACACUGCAGGGGUUCAUGGGCGUAUUCCCGCAGUAUGCGAGACAGGGGAUCAACUUUGCGACGGAAUCAUAUGGUGGCCAUUAUGCACCCAUCAUGUCGGAAUACUUCGAGCAGCAGAAUGCGAAGAACAUCACCGGAGCACACAACAUCCGCCUCGAGCAUGUGUUGAUCGGCAACGGCUGGUACGACCCUUUGAUCCAAUACCAAGCCUACUACAAUUUCUCCGUAGCCCCAGGUAAUACAUACGACUAUGACCCACUGAAUCAGACCGUCAAAGACCAAUGGUUCAACAACCUGUACGGGCCGGGCAACUGCUACGACCAGACACUCGACUGCAACACACGGAAGAUUGACGAAAUAUGCACGGCGGCCGACAAUUUCUGCCUAGAACAGGUGGAGAGUCUGUACGACAUCUACCUGAAUCGCGACGAGUACGACGUGCGCUUCUUGAUGCCGGACCCGUUCCCACCGGUUGACUAUGUCGACUACCUGAACACGGAGCGGGUGCAGGCGGCCAUUGGGGCGUACGUGAAUUACACCGAGAGCAACGCGGCUGUGGGCAACGCGUUCGGCAGCACGGGCGACGACGACCGCGAGAUCGGCACCGUGGAGGCCCUGCAGGCGCUGCUGCGCCAGAACGUUUCUGUCACCAUGUACUUCGGAGACGCCGACUUCAACUGCAACUGGCUGGGCGGGCAAGUGGUGGCCGACCACGUCAGCGCGACGGGCUACGCGAACGCGGGCUUUGUCAACAUUUCCUCCUCGGACGGCGUCGUGCACGGCCAGGUGCGCCAGAGCGGCAAGUUCGCCUUUGUGCGCAUCUUCGAGUCCGGCCACGAGGUGCCCUUCUACCAGCCGCUCGUCUCUCUCGAGAUGCUCGACCGCGUCCUCGCCGACACCGACAUCGCCACGGGCAAGACCACCAUCACGCCCCAGUUCCUCACCAAGGGUUCCACCGUCUCCUCGUACCGCGAGGGCAACGCCACCAUCCAGCUGUCCGUCAUCCCUCCGGACGCCAUCUACAACACCACGACCAACAUGCCUCAGAACUCGACCUCCAGCGGUGGCGGUGGCAAGAAACUCGCCAAGCGGGCAAAAUACAGCCUGCGACAGGCCAAGAAGAUCAAGAGGGACAAGUUGGGCGGAUGGUCGAAAUGA